AGACCUCAGGAGGGCGGGGUUAAAGAAAAAACAAGGAAUUUCCUGGUGAGCUACGACAACACAGGAAGAUGAAUGUGGGCGUAGCUCACAGCGAGGUGAACCCCAACACGCGGGUGAUGAACAGCAGAGGAAUAUGGCUCACCUACCUGCUGCUGACCGUCGUGUUGCACAUCGUCCUGCUCAGCAUUCCUUUCUUCACUGUGCCGCUCGUCUGGACCCUCACCAACGUCAUCCACAACCUGGUGAUGUACCUGUUUCUACACACAGUGAAGGGGACUCCCUUUGAGACACCAGACCAAGGCAAAGCUCGUCUGCUCACACACUGGGAACAGAUGGACUACGGUGUCCAGUUCACAUCUUCGCGCAAAUUCCUCACUAUCUCACCAAUUGUUCUUUAUAUUCUUGCCAGUUUCUACACAAAAUACGACCCCACGCAUUUCCUAAUCAACACGAGCUCCCUCCUCAGUGUCCUCCUCCCAAAGUUGCCUCAGUUUCAUGGAGUACGGAUAUUUGGGAUCAACAAAUACUGACAGAACUGACCUAACACUGGAUUUUUACCAUCAACACUGGACUUCUAGUCGUCUGUUACUGCUGAACGGUUUUAUGUUUAGAGGUUGAGGAGAAGAGAACCAGUUGGAUUUGUCUUUACUGUACAGACUGUGUGGCGUAAUGUAUGAAAGCUGCAGUUUGUGCUGCCUCUUGCAGCCUGGAAAAAAAACAAAAACGUGUACGCAAUGCUGCUGUUUUAUGAAAGUAAAUGUUUCUUUACUGACAUUCCUGAUGUAUGUUUGUCAAAAAGCAACACACUUUGGCUUCAAGAAAAGCAAUUUUGAACUGCACUGCUUUUGAAUGUGACAUUUAUUCAUUAGUUUUGAUUUCUGUUACAAACUGCACUGGCUGCACGUCUGUAAAACUAUUUCUGGUUGUUGCCAUAAAUGUGAAUGAAUUCAUUGUGGCAGCGUGGUUAAUGUUCCGAAUGACAAGUUUCUAUUUUCCUUCAUGCUUUUUGGCUUAAUUUACUAUGAAGGAUUUACAUGCAGCAUGCAUUUACGCGCCUACAAUAAACACUGCAGUCUUGCUAUCACACACACAAUCAUGUAAGUUAA